CCGCCGAAAUGUGAAAACAGCUUGUGGCUGCAAUAGGACCAGUACUAGAAUAAAUAUAUAAACUGAAUCUGUAUUUACCAAAUACAUUGCAUACAAAGAAGGAAAGUAAAAAUAGGGGAACAUAUAUAUUUGCAAAUAAUGACUGAACUUAUUAGGGAAGUUGGGCUCUGCAAAAUAUGUGAAAUUUAUUAUUCUUAAUUAAUUCAUUUUAUUUGUAUUUAUUUUUACAGGGCCGACGCACAUUGGUCAACAUUUCUAUUACACUACUGGUGUCCCUUAGGCGGGAAUUGUGUGCAAAUAUACCAAAAACAAAAAAGAAAGGUUUGGAUCAUAUAACUACCCUUGUAACAUGCAAAGACAAAUGAGACCUGCAUGGAAAUAAAGUUGUCUGUCUCUGUUGACAAACAAGGCUUUUCUACCUUAUAAAUGUAACUACAUUUUAUUAAACAUACUGAUCUACUAGUAUUUUAGGUGUUUCCUCUGGUGAAGUAUUUUUGGAAUAACAAAACAAAAGCUGUGAUAUAACUUUAAAUUACACCCCUUGCACUUUUACGACGGUCCCUAACGUCAGAGGGUCAUUCCACUGCUACUGUCAAUCCGUGCGAGGUAUUUGGAAACGCUAUAUGGUGUUCACCGGCUUCUGGUGCGGAAAAAAACAACAACAACACGUGUGCAACAUCAGGAUAUAUUUAUCCUGCACAUUACAACAGAACUGUCGCUAAUUGAUGGUCCCGGUGAAACGUACCGAGGAGCAGCAACCUCGGCCAGCGUGUGAAUAACAAUCAAGCCGUCCGGGCUACACUUGCAGCAGCUGGUGCUGCCGUGCCGCUGGGUCGCCAGUCGGAGGCAGAGGACCCGACCAUCUGAAGCGGAGGUGGGGGGUAGUCAGCUAAGCAGCUUACAGCCCGGCCAGCAGGCCGACGGUUGAACUGGUGCAAGGAAUGGACGGCUUCAUCACUGCGGCGAAACAUGGCGUAUAGAAAGAGGCGUUGUUCUGUACUGCCGGCAUCGACAUAACUGGAUCAGACCUCCUGAAGGAAUGUUCACCCUCACAGAAGUAGCCUCUCUGAAUGACAUCCAGCCAACGUAUCGAAUACUGAAACCAUGGUGGGAUGUCUUCAUGGAUUAUCUUGGUAUUGUCAUGUUGAUGUUGGCCAUAUUUUCUGGAACAAUGCAGUUAACUAAAGACCAAGUGGUUUGUCUUCCCAUUCUGGAGCAAACUCCAGAGGGGGCUGGGGGCUUCUUAGGACCCCAACCACCAGAGACAGCUGAUAGAUUAUGGAACAAAGAAAGCGCCAUUGGAGAGCAAGCCGCUCCUUUAAUGGCUAAAAGGCCUCCUGAUAGCAUCGGCCCCACAAUUCCCUUCCCCCAAUCGGGUACUUUUGGGCAGCCGCAGCCUACAGGCGUCAGGACCAAGCUGGAUUUUCAGCAGUAUGUUUUUGUCAACCAGAUGUGCUACCAUGUCGCCCUCCCUUGGUAUUCCAAAUAUUUCCCAUACCUCGCUCUAAUCCACACUAUUGUAUUAAUGGUCAGUAGCAACUUCUGGUUCAAGUACCCAAAGACAAGUUCCAAAAUCGAACAUUUUGUUUCCAUACUGGGAAAAUGUUUUGAAUCGCCUUGGACUACCAAAGCUCUGUCCGAGACAGCGUGCGAGGACUCGGAGGAGAACAAGCUGAGACUGGCUGGUGCCUCCUCCCUCCUGAAGCAUCUGUCCACAAGCAGCGAGGAGGGGAGUCCAAACCAGUCCGCCCCAAUGCUGACAAAAUCCGGGGUCACGUUUUCUGCUGAGAAGCUCGUGAGUGAAGUUCCCGCCAUGACCAUACUGGACAAGAAAGACGGCGAGCAAGCAAAAGCCCUGUUUGAAAAAGUUCGCAAAUUCCGUGCCCACGUGGAAGACAGUGACUUGAUUUACAGGCUGUAUGCCAUUCAGACAGUCAUCAAAACCGUCAAAUUCAUAUUGAUCCUGUGCUACACGAUGACUUUUGUUGCCUCUAUAGAUUUCGACCACGUGUGUGAGCCUGAAAUAAAGCAUUUGACUGGAUACAGCAAGUUCCAUUGCACGCACAACAUGGCAUUCAUGAUAAAGAAGCUCCUUGUUAGUUAUAUUGCUCUCAUAUGCGUUUAUGGCGUAAUCUGUAUAUACACGCUGUUCUGGCUUUUUCGGAGACCUCUUAAGGAGUAUUCUUUUGAAAAAGUCAGAGAGGAGAGCAGCUUCAGUGACAUUCCAGAUGUUAAGAAUGACUUUGCGUUCCUCCUCCACAUGGUGGAUCAGUACGACCAGCUGUAUUCAAAGCGGUUUGGCGUGUUUCUCUCUGAGGUGAGUGAGAACAAACUUCGGGAGAUCAGCCUGAACCACGAGUGGACCUUUGAGAAGUUGCGGCAGCAUGUGACGCGCAAUCUUCAAGAGAAGUUGGAGCUCCAUCUUUUUAUGCUCUCCGGAGUGCCAGAUGCUGUGUUUGAUCUCACUGAUCUGGAAAUCCUUAAAUUAGAAUUAAUCCCAGAGGCCAGAAUAACAGCUAAGAUCUCACAAAUGAUAAACCUCCAGGAGCUGCACUUCUAUCACUGUCCGGCCAAAGUUGAACAGACUGCUUUCAUCUUUCUUCGUGAUCACCUCCGGUGCCUUCAUGUCAAAUUUACAGAUGUCGCUGAGAUUCCUAGCUGGGUAUACCUGUUGAAGAAUUUAAGGGAACUGUACUUGGUUGGUAACCUGAACUCUGAAAACAACAAAAUGAUCGGACUCGAGUCUCUGCGAGACCUCAGGCACUUGAACAUUCUGCACCUCAAAAGCAACCUCACAAAGAUCCCGACAAACAUAACGGAUCUGUCUCCGCAUCUCAUCAAGUUGGUCAUUCAUAACGACGGUACGAAGCUCCUAGUUCUGAAUAGUUUGAAGAAAAUAAUGAAUCUGGCCGAACUGGAGCUUCUCAACUGUGAGCUGGAGCGCAUCCCCCAUGCUAUUUUCAGUUUGAACAAUCUUCAGGAACUGGAUCUGAAAUCCAACAACAUUCGUACAAUAGAGGAGAUCAUCAGCUUCCAGCACCUCAAGAGACUGUCGUGCCUCAAACUUUGGCACAACAAGAUCAUCACCAUUCCAUUGUCGAUUAGCCACGUCAAAAGCCUCGAGUCGCUCUAUCUCUCACACAACAAGCUGGAGUCUCUACCGUCAUCGUUAUUCACCCUUCUCAAGUUAAGGUACCUCGAUGUCAGCCACAACUCCAUAGUGGUAAUACCGCCGGAGGCUGGCUUUCUGCAGAACCUCCAACAUUUCGCCAUUACAGGCAACAAAGUCGAGGUAGUUCCUAAGCAACUGCUCAAGUGCAACAAACUGAGGACCUUAUGUCUCGGCCACAACUGUAUCUCCUCCAUUCCAGAGAAGAUUGGCCAACUCUCGCAGCUGACCCACCUGGAACUGAAAGGCAACUGUCUGGAUCGUCUCCCGGCUCAGCUCAGUCAGUGCUGCCUCCUGCGCCGGGGCUGCCUGAUAGUGGAGGAUCAUCUGUUUGACUCGCUCCCCAUGGAGGUCAAAGAGAGCAUCAAUCAGGAAUCUAGUGUUUCUUUUCCAAACGGUUGCAAGUGUCUAAGUGAUGGACGGUAGUCACAACCUUCGUGGCAUUUCAUCUUAGAAGUCUUUUUAUUUUAUUUUUAUCGUGCCAUUAGAAAAAGUUGUUCAGGGUACUGUAUUGGUACACUUCAUGAUGUUUUAGCAACUUAUAACAUACCACAGCACACACAAGGAGGGUACCACUGGAUACAAUUUAGCUGAAUGAUCAUGGCUUGUGUCAUGUCUAUAUAUAUUUAUAUUCUUUCUUUUUCUAAGUUAAUGUAGGGACAUAGUAGCAGUUAAAUCACUGCUUAUAUUUUGUACCUUUCUUAUGCAAAAAUAUCUACAGUGGACAUUUGUAUCAUUUUAAAACGAUCCCCCUUUUUUAUCUUUUUGAUUUAUUUUCCUCACAUGGACUAGAUAGGCCUACACUUGAUUGACCUCAAUGUAGAGGCCCCAUUCACUCAAAUUACAAAGAAACAUUGUAACACUCUCCUUUUAAUGGUAUGCAAAUAGUUUUGAAAUCUCUGCCUCCCCUCAAAUAAGAUGGAUGUAGGUAUAGAAUUUGAUCCAUGGUGCUCACGGCAAUAGAAUAUUGUAUUCCACAAAAAUUCAACUGUGACAUGUCUUUCCAGUAACAUUGUCCCAAUUACCCUGAAUAUGACCUUGCAGUUUUUUAUUACACCUACAUUUUUAGCAAGGAAGUGUUCUUAGUGAAACUUGUUUACAGCAAGUGUGUUGAUUAUCCAGAGUGCCUGGGACAUUGCUUCUGGAAGGAGACGUUCCAUUCCCCUCUCACUGUAUUGGGAUGGAGGCAGACAUCUCAGGUAUGGAUAUCUCAAAACUUCAACUAAUAAAACACAAACUGGAUAGACAAUAAUAAGUGAGCAAAUAUGUGUUUUCUUUUUUGUUAUUUGGGUGAAUUGACCCUUUUAGAAAAAAAUAAUCAAUUUAAGGUCUAAUUGCCAGCUUCUCCUGUAUGGCCGUAUACAGGCAAACUGACAACGGAGAGCAAACUCUCCGCUGAGGAAGACAGCAAAGAGGGUGGUUUGUAUGCUCCAGAAAGAUGGAACCUUAAAUUAAGAUUAUUACUACUACUACAGUACAGCUUCCAAGGAGAAGACUGGCUCUUUUACACUACCACUACAGUAUAGACCACAAACAGUGACAUAUGCUGCACAAACAAAGUGAAGAACUGUGUUUGUAUGACCUAGUAUCAUGAUCCUCAUUCAUUCCAAUUUGAAUAUACUUGUAAUAUAUUUAACGCACCACAAUGAUGACGGCUCCCGUCUGAUCCUUUUCUCUACUUGUUGAAAAGUCUUGAAUCGCGCCAUUAUUUUUGAUAGUUGAUUUGUUUUCUUCAAAGGAGUAGGCAGUACAGCCAACACCCCCCAAUGAAGUUUUUCAUUCGUUGUACUUUUUGCUAACGCAUAAGGGGAGACGCCCCGGGGGAAUAGAUGAAACAUUUGAAUAGAUGUCUCUAUGAAACUUCACCAGCUGAUUACUGAUAUAAAGAGUGUAUUUCUUUUUUUGUAUUACAAAUUGUUUUUAAAUGUUAUGUUUAAAUAUACAAAUGAGGCAUUAUCGAAUUGUAACGUUUGAUGAAUUGAAGAGAAAUACACAGAUACCAAGUGGUGGUAUACAAAGUAGUUAAAUGAAUACCUACAUGUGUACUAGGUAUGUUUUUAAAAAAAAUAUUCUUGUCUGAAAAUAAGAUAUGUUAUAGAAGCCAUAUAACCCAAAAUCUCAAAAUUGAAUAGUCCAUUGUGAAAAAUGAUGUUUUUGCCUGGGUGGAAUCGCUUUUAACUACGUUUCAUUCUUGUAAACAGUGUAUUUAACAUGUAUUUUGUGUGUUCUUUGUAUGUAUUUAUGAUCUUAUUGUCUAUUAUCUGUUCUUCUCGCUGCACAGCACUUUGUAAACCUGGUUUUAAAAUGUGCUACAUGAAUAAAAAGAAUGACUUAU